UCAGAAAUACUAGAACUUUAUACAUUUAACAGUCAUGAUUUCUGUAACGUAUGUCAAAGAAUUGAAGCAAGAAAGCCAUACGGAUUUCAAGAACCUGUUUCAACCCUUACAGCAGAUAGCAAAAUGGACUGGUUUACAUAGUGUUCAAAUCGGAAAGGAAUCACGAUUCUACAAAGUGAAAAGGGUUUUACUGUGGAUUUAUCUAUUAGUAAUAUACUCUGUUAUGUUAUCGGCCCCUGUCAAGAGCGUCUUCACUAUUCUAUACAAUGACCCUGACGACGGGCGGAUCAUUCCACUGCUGGCACUGUUUGUCUUUUUUUUGGCAUCCGCUUACAUUACAGUUGCGUCUUACUUCUCCGUGUCUAAAUAUUUUUCCAGUUUUUGUGGCAGUUUAAAUGAACACCAACGACUAUAUAGAAAUAUUCGAAUUAAUCUGUUUAUAAAGAUAUGUUGUAAAUGGGCGAACUGGAUUGUUGGGGUCUUUGCAGUUACUACAACAAUAUUUUAUUGUUGUUGUACUUUUUAUAUGCAAGAUGAUUUUGCUGAUGCGUUUCGUCCAUUUUCUUUCAAUGGUGUGUAUAAUACUGUUUUGACGAUGUCGUACAUAUCAAGUAAUGCAUUCUUCCUACUAGCGCACCAAGUUAUCUUGAAUAUGUUUCUCAUCGUAACUUUCAAAUUAUUUCUGAUGCAAUUUUCAGAUCUGAAUGAAAGACUGGAAACCGGUUUAGCAGAAAAAUCGCCUUCUCUACAAGAGAAAACCAUUGAAACAAUUAGGCUGGAAUAUUCAAGUCUUCUUGCCUGUUUUGAAAUAACUAAUUCUAUAAUUCGUCAUUAUUUAUUUGCUUUAUAUGCUAUGUGUAUACCGAUAGUUUGUUUUCUGUUAUACGGGUUUCUCAGAGGAAAACUUACCCGAGGUGAAUCAUUGGCCCUGAUUAUUCUAGUUGUGUUCAUUGUUUUCUUUGUACUAGUCCACACUAUAAUUGGCGCUGUUUUUAGCAUCAGGGCCCACAGCCCCUUGAACGUGUUGAUGAAAUUUGAUAUACUGUCAAUUACCGACAAGGCAGCACGUAGCGUGUUACUGUUCCUAUCCAGAAUAAAUGGACCAACAAUUGGAUAUCAUGUAUAUGAAUUAUUUACCUUGGAUACAAAUACUGCGUUAGCGAUGAUUGGUACCUUGUUGACGUAUGGAAUUGUGAUGCUCCAAUUUUCUGAAUCUGGUUCUUCUGGAAACAGCGUUUGCAACAACAAAACUUCGAUUACAUCUUAAAUAUUGUACAGAUACAUGGGUAUAUUCACAGAAUAUAAUUACCAAUCCCACUAGGCGUCACAAAAUACACAACCUUGAAUUUGUACAUGGAACACAGCCGUUGUUUGGUGUUAUCUUUAUUCUUAUGUAUCUUGAACUUUUAAAGUACAAUGUUUUACCUUACGUCGGCUAAAGUGACAAUACUUCCGAUGAGCUCCACAAAUGAACGAUAGGGUACUCUUAAUUGCUAUUAAACUAUUGUUGAAAUCAGUCGGCAUUCCGUUACAUCUUUGUAUCGUUUACCGUGAAACAAAGUAUAAAUACACAUGUUUAUGGUAAUGACAAGGUCAUUGGGAAGAGAAGUCAAAUAUUGAGGUAAAAUAUAUAAUGUUACACCACUUGGCAACCUUUGAUAAAACUUUCCUAUUUAUUUCCAAUACAUUCACAUGUGUAUCAGAAAUGAACAGUACGCUUUCGUUCAUUUCCGACAAAUGAACACUUUUAUACGAGCGUAAGAUUAAGCAGGAUGAAAACAAACGCCUAUAUCAUUAAUUUUGUUACAAAUUAAUUUUGAUACACGAGCCAUUAGCCGAUGCACACGUCAGCACGACUG